AUGCGUCUUUAUCGCCCUCCUCGCCUAUCUGAGACUCUUGUGGCGGACUGGGGUGGGUCCGUCAUGAGAGCCUUGUUCCAGGAAAUGCACAUUGACGAUAAUCAGGAUGAGGAUGAGUAUGGUCGUCCUCGUUCACCACUGGGGCCCAGUUUCCCUUGGCAAUUUGUGAACGGUCCUCUUGUUUCACAGCCUCUCGCUCCUUCCCUGUCAGAGAGGAAGUCCUUGAUGCAAGACAGAAAUCUUCCACGCUUCCUCUUCCGAUGCUUCACCGAUAGCUCGGGCGGGGCCUUACUCCGCCGUUUCAACAAGAGGUUGAAUAUGGCAGAUCGCGUGAUACCUCACUUCUUCCUCGACCACGAAGACGGCAUACCACAAAUGACGCUCGAUGAGUACAUAGCAAGGUAUCCCGAUCACAUGCAGCAGCACCUCGUCGGGUCAAGAGAGAUUCUGUCACCAUUCAGCUCGUGGACCCCCUCCAUCAUGGCCGCGUAUUUGUUCGCCGGGUUUGCCAACGACCCUUCCGCACGAAUCGCUGUUGUCGACACAACUUUGAUCCACAAUGAACUAUACUGCGUGGAUCACUACAGCCUCCGAGGACCUCCGGUCACGCGAGUCCACAACCGUGAUCUGCCCUGGGAAUACCAUAUAUACGGCCCUGUUAUGGGCCGAGGUUUCUUCACUGUGCCUGCAUCUCAAAUCGCGGACCUAUGGAAAGUGCCCCCGCGAAUGAGGUCGGCCCCACUAUCAACAGAAGAUAUCACAAAUUCCAGACGGAUUGCUGAGCUGUUCGUGUCUCCUGCGUGGGGGGCCGAGGAUGCGGACGUGAUUAUGCAAUUGACGACAAACUGGAUUGCAGGAUGGAGCUGGACGCGUUCUCGUGAUACUACUGGGCCAGGUCGGGUAAACCUGACGGAACAAGAGAUCGAGAGCGUGCUUGAGGUUUUGCGUCCUGAGCUGCAAGAUAGGGCGACUAGGAACACAGUACCCCUGCUUCCUGGUGAUAUACACACGAGUGUCUACGGCUUUGAGUGGAUUCAUUGGAGUUUCGUUCUUCUUAGAAUAAUGGAGCAAAUCACUCAAUGA